UGAGCGGUAUGUCCGUGGAUGAGAAGUCUGAAGCUCCCAUGUACGUGUAUGAGUCGACGGUGCACUGUACCAACAUCCUGCUGGGUCUGAAUGAGCAGCGGAAGCAGGGCCUGCUCUGUGAUGUGACCGUGCUGGUGGAGGGGAAGGAGUUCCGCGCGCACAGGGCUGUCCUAGCAGCCUGCAGCGAGUACUUCCUACAGGGGUUCAUCACCCAAAGUGACAAUGAACUGGUUCUCAGCAUGCCAGAGGAGGUCAGUGCCCGGGGAUUCGCUCCAUUGUUACAGUUUGCCUAUACGGCUAAGCUGCUGCUCAGCAGAGAAAACAUCCAGGAGGUCAUCCGCUGUGCUGAAUUCCUGCGCAUGCACAACCUGGAGGACUCCUGCUUUCGCUUCCUGGAGGCCCAACUGCGCAGUGAGGAGGACGGCCUGGUCCUCUGUCGCAAGAUGGUGUCUGAGAGCAAUCACUCGGAGGAUGAGAGCAUGCAACCUGAGUUGCUGACGACAAUGCCAACUGCAGUGACCCUGUCUGGCUCUCCACGCUCUCGCCGUGAACUCGCCCUGAACUCCUUGCGACGGCCAGACCAUGAGCCACUGGCAGCAACAGAGGAGUUCGCUGAUGGACGGAUGGACUUCGAGCGACACGGCACCUCAGACCUGCCACGAUGCCCUAAGUACAGGAAGUACCAGUGGGCAUGCAACAAGCACAAUAACGACACCUCCUCACACACCAGUACCUCAGGUUUUCCAAGCACAUUCAAGGAGAUGAACAGGCCAGCUGUGAUGCAAAUAAAGAAGGAGCCACGCGGCGAGGAAGAGUCCAUCUCGAUUUGCCUGUCAGGGGAUGAGCAGGAUGGUGGUGAAAAGGACAGUGUGACCGAGAUGGAACUGGAUGGUUCCAUUGCAGUGGACCGACCGAAAGGCAGCAGCAAGUCACCCACCUGCCUACGAACUCUCUUUAAGAAGGACCUGCCUAGCACACCCCAGCAGCUCUUCGCUAACAGACUCGUCAAUGCCCAGGAUAAAGGAACCACUCAGGGAGACCACAAAAAAGACUACAGGCCUUCGCUUGGCAAUGAGCUUGGCAUGCCUGUGGCGUUCCCCAAAGACGCAGAUGGUUUCCCGCCAGGGCUUUCGUUGAAGUCAAAUCCCUGCGAUGGUGUGUGCAAGCAAGAGGUAGAGCCGGACCGCCGCAGUGUCAUCUUCUCCUCAGGGCCCUGUGACCGACUGGGUACGCCCACCCACUCCCAUCCCAGUGGGAACUCACUGGAGAAGGAGCUCUCAGAACACAUGCCAAAAGGAUUGUGGGCCGGCGCCAGCCAGUCCCUCCCCAGCUCCCAGACCUACUCCCCCAGCACCACAGCCAGCGACCCACCCCUGCUUUGCCGCCAAAGGCCCAAUACCAGUUGCCCAGUGCCAAUCAAGGUAUGCCCACGAUCGCCCCCCUCAGAGACCAGAACUCGGACCUCCAGUUCCUGUUCGUCAUAUUCUUAUGCUGAGGACGGGAGCGGCGGGUCCCCCUGCAGCCUGCCGCAGUUCGAGUUUUCGUCCUCGCCUUGCCCCAAUGUGACACGGUGUCUCACGACUGACCCGCAGGAGGCAGGCGGUGGGACGGAUGAGCUAUUUGCACGGGUCCGGCCCAAGAUAAAGUGCGAACAGUCGUAUGGAACCAAUUCCAGUGAUGAGUCAGGAUCCUUUUCGGAGGGGGACAGUGAAUCAUGUCAUGCUCGAGAGCAAGGCCCUGAGGUCAAGCUUCCGUUCCCAGUCGAUCAAAUCACAAAUCUUCCACGCAACGACUUCCAAAUGAUGGUGAAAAUGCACAAGCUGACCUCAGAGCAGCUGGAAUUUAUCCACGACAUGCGCAGACGCAGUAAGAACCGCAUCGCGGCCCAGCGCUGCCGCAAGAGGAAACUUGACUGCAUCCUGAACCUUGAGUGUGAAAUACAUAAACUGGUAAGCACACAAACACCUCGCUGUCUCUGUCCUGCUACAGCAGCAGGAGAAAUGCCUCUGCUCUUCUUCUUUUCCUCCUCCUGCUCUUCCAUCCUCUUAUGGUCAGAGUUUGACAGCUAUAUUAAAGCUCAACUGAAAUGA